AUUUAUUAUUUUAAAUAGUGUGUAUUAUCGUCGAUAAGGACAAAGUUGCGGGUUUAGACUGCGCGGUGUGCGACAAUCCUAUAUAAAUUGACUUAAUAGGUAAUUCUAUAUUUUUCAUAUAUAUCUAGUAUAUUAUAAUUCUUUGUCCUACAUAUUAACUAACCGUAUACGACCAAUCGUAUUUGAAAACUCUCGCAGAUUGUGCCAAUUUUGCUGAAGUUUAGUAAUUUGGUACCAACGAUUAGGUGCGCAAAGAUUGAAUAAAGUCUUAACAUACAAUGCGUAUUAAAAAACUAGCGGAUAUCAACCUUAUUUGAACCGACAGUGGUUAAAUUUGAACUGUAUCAAUCUCGUCUUUGCAGGAAUAAUUGUACAUUAUGUAUAUUAGGCUUUUGUAAUAAAAACAGGAAAUCGCGACGCGCGGGGGAAAAAUAGCCUAUGCAGACGAUUCUGUGUGUUAAACGCGUGAUUUAAACUCGUGCGUGUUGCGUCACUUGUGGUGGAAACUCCGCAAUUGACUGUCAUCGAUGAUUAUUAGAAAGUAUUUGACCCAAUGCAUAUGUGAAAUGAGAUACAGGAAUGAAAGAUGUAUAAAAAUUUACAUUGAUAUUCGUUUCAACACUGUCUGCUCUUGUCUGGCCGAAACGUAGGCGAGAACACGUCAUAUUCGUUGCAAGAGAUUUAUUAAUACUUUUACGACCAUUUUGGAAGGCCUGCUGUAUACAACAAUUUUUUUUUUUGGAAUGACGUCAAGUGAUCCUCAAACAUACAAUAUAUGUGAAAGAAAUAGUCAGCCAAAGGCCAAGACUGCCAAAGGUUCAGCUCGAAUAAAAGUUGACAAAAAUUCCACGAAACUAAGAGAAACGACUAAGGCAAAAUAUUUACCUAUCUAUAUUCAUCAGCGGGGAGUGGUAAUUUUUUAUUUUGAAAAACACCACGAUAUGAAAAUCAAUUCGCUUUUGUCAAACUACCAAUAUUUUUAUCUCAUGUCACCGUCACUUCAAUAUUCAACACAAAAACAAGAUAUUGGUCUGUUGAAAAUGAAAGAAAAGAAGUUAAUGAUCACUCCCUCAUUCUUUAUGCAGAAGUAAGCGAAGAUCUUUUUGAAGUUAUCUCGUGACCCCCGGAUGGCAAUUAAAUAAACACUUAAGAUUUUUAAGCAUGAUAGGUAGUCAUGGGACCACACAGUAUAAAUAUUUGAAAUAUAAAAUCACCAUGCAGUUCUUGUAAAAUUUGGAUAGGCAUCGCUGGAUAUGCAUGUAUAAUCGUUUAGUCGAAUGCAUACCAUGCAAAAACUGCGACAUUGCACAACACUGGUUGAUAAUUUACUCAGUAUUGGUGAGUGAUCACGUGCACGCGAGCCACGUGAACAACUAUAUAAGUCAUUCGAGCAGGUUUUGAGCCAAUCAGAAUUGUUACGUCAUGUUUAAAGUCCAGUAGAACAAACGGAAGUUGGGUGACCGCAAACAACAACAAAACGCCGAGUCGCUUGCCUGCACGAAAAAGUAUUUUUAUGGUCUGAUUUGUGAGAAAACACAAAGGCUGGAAUGAUAGAGCAGGCGGUCUUUUGGGAAGCUGUCAGUGUUAAACCUCGUGCAAACAAAAGCUCUGCCAAUGGAGGAGGAAGGAGGACAGGAUUAUCUUCAGGUACCAAGUUUCAACACCCCAAUGACUGUGGAGCUUAACGAGGAUCCAUGGAAACCAAUGGCGACGAGAAGGCGAUAUUCCGAUACAGGAUCAUCGCUAGCAGCAAUAUCAAAUGGCCACAUUGAUCAUAUUCCAAAUGAGAAUUACGCGCAAGAAAAAGAUGAAUACGGAAUGGAUGACGAGAACAUCCGCUCUUACAAAAGACGUUUCUACAUCCUCCUGGUAUUUUCUCUCUCUGCGUUCGCUCAGUAUUGCGCGUGGAACGCUUUUGGUCCGAUAUCAGGAACGGUGAAAGCUGUGUUUGGUUGGGGCAACGCGGAGAUUGCACUACUUGCGAGUCUUGAUCCUAUCACGUAUCUUCUUACCAUGAUAUUCUUCUCGUGGAUGAUGGAUGUGAAAGGUCUUCGUGUUUCCUUGGUACUUUCUGUUUUCCUCAUGUUUAUUGGAACUGGUUUAAGAUGCGUCACCAGCGAUCACAGUACCGCUCUUUGGACAAUGACUGCUGGGCAAUUCUUGAACGGUCUCGCAGGCCCAGUCACGCAAGCAGCCCCGCCAUUGCUGUCGUCAGCGUGGUUUCCAAGGAGCGAGCGAACAACGGCGACUGCAGUGGCGUCGCUCUGCGGUUCUCUUGGAGUUGCGUUGUCGUUCGUGAUUGGUCCGAACAUGGUCGGCGGAGUCGAUUUGGACAAUUUCCAAACUAGCCCAAGUUUUUCACAACUGACUUCCAAUUCCAGUUUUCUAUCCAAAGACCUUUUUUUAAACAAUUCCACUCCUCUGUCAGAAACACUAUACAGGGAUGCUGUACACUACUGGUCGAUGGACGAAAUUAUCCAGCCUUCACCCCAAACAUCAAAUGAUAACCUACACUACAUAAAGGAUGCUAAGAGCGACCUUAGAGGAACUCUCCGUAGAACUGCACACGUUACUGGCCAAGUUGAGAAAGCUUUAGAAUUGAAUGGAAAUGGUUUUAUAGACCUUGGAAAUUUUGUUAACACCUGUCUAGGAAAGCCGUCUUCAUGUCGUAACGGAAUGACGGUGUCGUUAUGGUUAAAAUAUAAACCUUCAGAAAAGCGGCAAUAUUUUCUGGGAACGAGUGGCACUGAUAUAAAACAGCCUGGUUUUGUUAUCUACCAGGAUUUGUAUAGUAAUGGUAGUAAUUAUAUAGCAGUCAGUGUUCGUACGGGCAAGGCAGCAUGGACCACGCACGUGACAGUCCCGACGUAUACCUGGACACACGUGCUAUUCAGCUGGAGUUCACGUGAUGGGCUAAGCGUACACACAAAUGGCACACUUGCUAGUAGAGUGGAGGAAUUCUCCCCAACAGAUUCAAUUGAGAAUUUUUAUACGGUGCUGACAUUGGGAAGACCGAAUAACGAAUAUAGACUAUCUAGGGCAACCUAUGACGAGCUAGCAGUAUGGUAUUUAGUACUCACAGAGCAGGAGGCCAAGGCGAUCUUCGCAAGGUCGUCUGGGACAGAUUUCGCUGCACUGGACGCGAGGGUAACUAAAGAGAAAAAUGAUUUGCUUCAAAAACGGGAAGAUGAAAUCAUGCGUUUACUGUACAUAGAGUUUGGCGUGAUUGCCGUGCUGUUCGUAUGCACAGCGGUAUAUUUCCCAAGCAAGCCUCCCACUCCCCCCAGUCUUUCAUCUGCAACCGAGCGAGAGGACUUCAGUGCAGGAUUCAAGCAACUUUUACGACACAAGCAGUUUUGGACGCUGGCCAUGAUCUACGGAAUCACCACAGGAAUUUACAGUGGUUGGGGGGCGUUACUAGCAUUGAAUCUGGAGGGUUUUAACAUUGGACAGAAUCAAGCAGGCUGGAUCGGUUUCUACGCCACAAUUGCUGGUAUCAGCGCUGGAAUAUUGCUUGCCAGAUUUUCCGAUUUCUUUGGCGGCAACAUCAAACGACUACUUCUGUUUCUUUUCGUCUGUUCUUCGGCGUCAUUUCUCUGGUUUUCGUUGCUCUGCUUGAGAAUAAUUCCAUUCUCUGAAGCAUCACUUUAUCCGUCCAGCAUCAUUGGUGGUUUCAGUAUAAGUGGUACAAUUCCGCUAUUCUAUGAGCUCACCGUUGAAUGUACUUACCCCAUUUCUGAAGGCGUCACUACAGGAGUACUCACGCUUGUGAAUAACAUCUGGACUGUCAUAUUUCUUCUCGUUGUCAUGAUACCUGGAAUAGGUACGAUAUGGAUGAACUGGGCGUUAUUCGCUUCGUGCGCGGGUUGUAUUCCAAUAUUGCUCAUGUUUAAGGAACGUUAUGGUAGGCUCAUUGUCGAUGCUGGUAUUGAAGUGAAGGUCGCAAACGGCAGCGAUGAUGAAUUAGAAGAUGAUGGAUUCAAGACGAGAAGAGUCUUUGCAUCAACACUGUCAAUGGCUGGAGUAGAUCAAUUCAUGGACAGACUUCAUAAAUCAAAAGAAUCAAAACUAUGAAAGUCAAGAAUGAAGGGUUCAGGAUCACACCCAAAGUCAAGAUCAACAAGACGGACUUUAUCAAAGAUAAACGAACUACGAAUGUAGGGGCUAAAGGAAUUAAAACAUUUAAUGUUUAACCAUAGUGCCUUCAAUCAUCAUACCCCAAAGAUUGUCUGGAUGAGAACCAAAAAUCAUGGUCAGAAAAACUCAAUCAACUUGUCCGUUUAACUCCACUUCUAACUUCUCCCAAAAUUCACAAUGUAGUUCCAAUAAGUAUUAAUGAUUAUUAGGAAGGGUAGGAUGUUCAAAACCCUUCGUAAACAAUCCCAUUUCUUUCACCAACACAUGACAACAGCAAAAGCAAUAUAGCAUCAAAUGUCGUAUAACAACUGCCUAAAAUAAACAAAGUGUUUUUGUCUAUGGCAAUUGUCUUAGGCAGUUGUUAUACCACAUUUGAUGCUAAGUUGUACAGAUUUAAUUAUUUCGAUAAUGCAUGGUGCGGGUGGGCACGAAAUAUAAUCAUUUUAAAUCCCGGUCCUUUUUGACUUGGCACAAAGUCAUCAUAAUAAUCAUGUUCCUUCGGGAAAGCGAUUUCACUCGAAUCUGUCGCUUUCGUCCACGAAGUUCAAAAUUGAAAGGUAUUUAAAAGGCAAGCCGCAAAAUGUCUUGAAUUCUCGAUGACUUAUUUUUCUUUCGUCAACGUUUCAAACCCCUAUGUCCAAUUUUCGCUUUAGUUUGACCAUAUGCAUAACAGCAUAAGGUCGGAAAAUCAUUGGUUUUUUGAUAACGAAUAACCUAAAAUAUUUCAGAAGCCAUGUUCUUGUAUUUUGUU